UAUCAAUGAUUUUGGUUUUUAAAAUUUUAAGUAAAAGCAUUCAUGAGGGCGUAGCCACACUGCAGCUUAGCUUAGCCAAGCUAAACAUGUCUUUACCAAUUCCAAAAAGAAAAGUCCAAGUUGCUGUGAUUGGCGCUGGUGCGGUUGGUGUCUCUGUUGGCCUAAACUUAUUAGAGAAGCUGAGUAGUAAUCUGGUCGUUAGUAUAAUAUCUGAUGAGUUCAGCCCGAGGACUGUGAGUGAUAAGGCGGGAGCAGUAAUCAUACCUUUUGACGUUAGAGCUAAGGGAAAGAGCGAGGGAAAGAGCAAUGAUGAUGACACUGGACAUCAGCUAAGAGUCAGAAAAUGGACAAGAGAGACGUACAGACACUUAGAGGAUCUCUACUCAUCUCGGUUUGCAGAGGAAGUGAACAUACAAUUGGUUCAUGGAUAUUUUGGUAACCAGGAGGACACCGUAGACCCUUGGUGGGGUAGGGAGCUUGUUACUGGGUUUAGAAGAGUAGGAGAUGAAGAGAAGGCAUAUAAACGUAUUCCACUGAGCAUUAGGAAUGUAUUUGCUUUCAAUACUUUUAUACUAUCUGGAAGUGACUACUUGAACUGGCUGAUGAAGAGGUUUCAAGAGAAAGGUGGUUUCCUCGUAAAAAUGAAAAUUAACAAUUUCCACGAGUUAUCCUCUUACGACAUUAUAAUAAAUUGUACUGGUUUAGGAGCAAGUAGCCUCGUUCAAGAUCCUUUGUUAUAUCCAGUAAGAGGUGAUACAGUUACUAUACUGGCUCCAUGGAUAAAGGAAUUCUUCUUACUAACUAACGAUGAGGAAGAUUAUGUCAUGUAUGUAUUUCCACGUUCAGCUGAUGUUCUGCUUGGAGGAAGCAAAGUAACUAAUGAAUGGAGCAAAGAAAUAAAUGAAGAAACAAGCAGCAAAAUAAUAAAGAACUGCAGCAGUAUAAUACCCAGUAUAAGCAAUGCUGCAAUUGUGGAUUAUUCAGUUGGACUCCGACCAGCUAGAAAAGAGAUACGAUUUGAAGUUGAUGCAGAGAAUCCUUCAUUAAUACAUUGCUAUGGUCAUGGGGGACAGGGCAUUGUCACUCAUUGGGGCUGUGCUCUAGAAGUGACAGAAAUUAUUAGAAAUUACAUUGAUCUGAUGCAUAGAAGAGUCCCUUCCAAAUUGUAGUACUGCAAAUGAUCUAUUUAAACGCUAAUUUGUUGUACCGUAUUUGUGUUUUAAUUAAGAGUAUUAAAAAUUAA